UGUAAUACCAUCUAGUAUCAGCAUUGUACAAUGCUACAGCACUCUUUUAGAGUUAAUUUUAUAAUUUUAUUUAUUUAUUUAUUUAUGAUGACGAAAAGUGAUCGUAGAGGGUGGUGAGCUUUGUGGGCUGAAAGACCUCCCUCAACACAGACCCUUCAGCCCAGCAGAAAGAUUGAGAAUUAGAAGUGAGCAACAGAACAAGAUGAAGUUCACUCUAUUUGUUGCCAUUCUUUUCUCUAUAGGAUGGAUGAGUGCUGUGGUAAAAGUACAUGAUGGACCUUCACCUGAUUGUUGUUUAAGUGUGUCAGACACCAAAACUCCAGUUCACAACAUUAAGAGUUAUUCUAUGCAAGCUGCACCGCCAUGUCCUAUCAGAGCAAUAAGAUUUUACACCAUGAAAGACAAAACUAUUUGUUCAGAUCCAAACGACAGUUGGACUAAGAAAGCAAUAAAUCAUGUGGAUAAGAUGAACUCUCGGAAACAUCCCAAAGAGCCUACAACAUGCUAUACAAGUGCAACAAACUUGAUCCCAACCACAACUUCAACAAUCAAAACACCAGGAACAGAGACAGAGACCAGCACGAGUACACCUGUAACACCAAUAGUGACGACCAUCAAAACAUCUGGUGAUGGACAUCCAGUAGACUGCUGUAAUACUGUGACAAACUCCAGAAUAUCAGUUGAAGACAUUUUGUAUUAUGACAUGCAAAACACAAAUCUAUGUCCUGGAAGAGCUGUAAGAUUCUACACCAAGAAAAACAUAACUAUUUGUUCAGAUCCAGACAGCAUCUGGGCUAAAAAAGCAAAGGCGAUAGUGGAUGGGAGGACAACAAUCAAAACAUCUGGACCAGAAACAGAGAAAAACAAAACAUCCAUACAACCAACUUCAGUGUCCAAAGACAACCCAGAAUCUUCUCAGAGUACUGCGACAACAUUCACAUCAUCUGCAACCAAGGACUGCUGCCUAGCAGUAACAAAAAACAAACCAACGUUUCGUGAAGUUGUGGACUACAAAGUUCAAGAAACACCGCUUUGCUCUGUCAGAGCUGUACCAUUCAUAACUGUGGGGAACAAAAAAAUUUGCUCUUCUCCAGUAGAAGACUGGGUCCAGGAUUACAUACAGAACUUGAACAGAAGAAGAAAAACUAUAGACGAGAGAGAUAAGAAUGCCAUGAUAAGAAUAAAAGACUCCAACACCAAUAAUUACUUUUGUUUAAAGAAGGAACAAUCUAAAUACUUUUGCGUCAAACAACCUUAAAACAUCUGUUGGAAAAGCUUG